CGGUGACAGGUGACGUCAUUGUGGUGUCUAUGAACUACCGCCUGAAUGUGUUUGGGUUUCUCAGCAUUGGUGACGACAACGUACCAGGUAAUAUAGGACUGUGGGACCAAAUUGAGGCGCUGAAAUGGAUCAAGAAGAAUAUCCAGUACUUUGGAGGGGAUAGUGGGAGGGUGACGAUUUUUGGCGAAUCAGCAGGUGGCAGUAGCGUGGUACAGCUGGCCCUGGCGAACGCUUCUUCAGGCCUCUUCCAACGCUUCAUUAGGCAAAGUGGUAUCACGAACAGUAAGGUUUGGGUGGCGUCAAAAGAUGCCCCAGAAAUCGCUGUGAGAACUGGAAACAUUGUUGGAUGUCCAACGACAAAUACCAUGGCCAUGGUAGACUGUCUACGCAGCAUAGACGCCGAGACACUCAUAGGUUCCAUUCGAGCAAAUCACGGAGACGACCUUCAUUUUAUGAUUGGUUCACAUGAACCUUUUGUCCCCGGUGCCACUUUCACUGACGAUGAGAAGUAUCUGAGUAAGAUGAUGAUGCGAUAUUGGUCCAAUUUUGCCAAGACCGGAAAUCCAAACAUCCCAGAGCCUGUUCCAGCACUAUGGGAGGAAUACACUGUGAAUGAAAAGCACUACCUUGAGUUUGGUGACGUCAUAGUGGGGAAGAGGAGUGUCAUUCCAGAACGCGUCAAACUUUGGACGAAAACUAUUCCAAGAGCCCUUGCUCGUUGCAAUUGA